CAAAAACCAGGCGGCCGGCAGGAGUGCGGGGCGCGGGCCGGCGCCAUCCUUAAUUCCCGGCCGGCGCGCGCGAACCCGGGUCGGGCGCAAGAAGCCACGCGGCGGGACCGACCGGCCGGGCGCGAAGCCACGAACGCAGCCCCGCGCGCGACGCCCCAGCCCAAGCCAACCAAGGAGCAGGACAGCACUGCAGCCGGGGGCGCCCCCGACUAAACCAUGUCCGGCUGCGCCUGCAUCGAGUGCGUCCAGCAGAGCGACGCCGCCGUCGUGGAGAGGUGGGGCGGCUUCAGCCACACGCUGGGCCCGGGCAUGAACUUCGUGCUGUGGCCCGUGUACCAGGUCGCCGGCACGCUCUCCCUGAAAGUGCAGCAGCUCGAGGUCAAGUGCGAGACGAAGACCCUGGACAACGUGUUCAUCGAGGUCAUCGUCGCGAUCCAGUACAACGUGCUCCAGGAGAAAGUGCGCGAGGCGUUCUACGAGCUCACGAACCCGCGGCGCCAGAUCACGGCCUACGUGUACGACGUCGUGCGCUCGACGCUGCCGCGGAAUACGUUGGAUAGGGCCUUCGAGUCGAAAGAAGAGAUCGCCGUCGCCAUCAAGAAGUCGCUGUCCGCGACGAUGCACCGCUUCGGCUACCUCAUCGUGAACGCGCUGGUCACGGACAUGACGCCGGACUCGCGCGUCCGCGCGGCGAUGAACGAGAUCAACGCGUCGAAGCGCUUGAAAGAGGCGUCGGCCGAGAAGGCCGAGGGCGACAAGGUUCUGGUGGUCAAGUCCGCCGAGGCCGAGGCCGAGUCGAAGUAUUUGUCGGGCGUCGGCGUCGCGCGGCAGAGAAAAGCUAUCGUGGACGGCCUCAAGGGCAGCAUCGCGGGGUUCACGUCGAACAUCACGGGCACGUCGCCCAAGGACGUCGUGGACCUGCUGCUGAUCACGCAGUACUUCGACAUGCUCCGCGACAUCGGGUCGCGGCCCGAGUGCUCCACGGUCUACAUCCCCGAGGAGGACGAGUAAUUUUCUCAGUU